AUGUCCAAGGCAGUAGCCGCGGACGCUGCGCGGCGGCCGGCGGACCGCGGCGUCCCCGUCGGCCUCAACGAAGCUGCGCUCGACUCGCCGACGUUCCGCGCCUCCGCGGCUCACUUUGCCGAUCAGGUUGACGCCAUGGAGAAAUGGCUCAACGGCUAUGUCUUGUCAACUUCGAAACUGGUUCACGACAUGCUCGCGCUCGAGGAAACGGUCAAUACAUAUCUCGUCAAGACCAUCCCAUCUGCCGCCGACGGCAUCAUCGAAAACGACUAUACCUUUCUCGCCCUCAAACGCGUUGCAGAUGGACAACGAGAGUGUUGGAUGCAGACCCUGAGCAGCAUGAAGAAGUUGGACGGCGUCGUCGUCGAGCCGAUCCGAUCGUUCCUGGGCGGCGAUAUGCGCAACUUCAAGGAGACACGGCGAAUAAUGGAGAAUUCGCAAAGAGCAUACGACUCGACUCUUGCACGCUAUGUCGGCCAGUCCAAGACCAAGGAGGCGUCUGCUCUGCGCGAAGAUGCCUUUUCCGUGUGGGAGAACCGAAAGGCCUACAUCCAAGCUUCCAUGGACUAUUGCCAGCUCGCGCCGCAGCUGCGCUACACCAUGGACAUGCUCCUCGUCAAGGUGUGCGGCGAGAUGUGGAAGGAAAUGUCGCAAUCACGGGAUGCAUGGACCAGUGCAACGCGCUGGGCUCGCGAAAUGGAUCGAGUGCGUGGCUGGGCCAAGGAAAUGGAACUCACAGAGGCCUUUUUCAAGCGCGAGCUGCAAAUGGCAAGGAAGGAGAUCGGCGAGACCGCUCUAGAGGAACUGAAACCGUCUCGUGAGCUCGAUGAUUACGGCACAUCAACAGUGCCCUUCUUGGGCUCUCGCGGGCCCCUCAACAUGGGUUCCAAAGGCGAGAACGCUCACAUAUCGGAAAAGCAAGGAUGGCUGUUCCUGCGGAUGCUGUCUGGCAAACCAGUCAGGUACAACUGGGUCCGCAGAUGGUACUACUGCCGGGGUGGCGUCUUUGGCUGGCUCGUCCAGGGACCGCAGGGCGUGUUGCAGGGCGAUGAGAUCGGUGUCUUGCUGUGCAACGCAAAGCCGGCGGUGGGGGAGGAGAGGCGCUUCUGCUUCGAGGUGAAGACGAAAAACCAGAACAUGAUGCUGCAGGCCGAGACGCAAAAGGAGCUCAUGGAGUGGCUCCAGGUUUUCGAAGUCAACAAGAAGGAGGCCUUUGAGGCAAGCAUGGGCCAUCUGCCGGGCAGUGCCGACCCAGCCUUUUCGAUUUCACCGCCGAGUGCUCCCGAAUUCUCUGCCAAGGCCCUAGAUAGCCAUGUCAGCGCUGCUGAUGAGAUCGGCCCCGGCUUCGAGCGUUCCGCGACCCUUGCGCCCGGGUCGGACGGCCAUCCGGCCUCCAGGCAAAGCUUUGACGUCAACGGCAGCCUCGGCCGGCGAUCCUUCACAGCGUUGGGACGAGACUUGGCAAUGCGGGAGGACGGCGAGAGUGGACGAGAUCACGCCGCGAGGAUCAUUCAGAAGCUUGACCUUCACCGUAAAUCGAAUUCGAGCACUGCCAUCGAUCCUGGUCCUACAGGCGCCCCAAACUCGGCUGGGGGUAUCGCGAGCUUGAUUUCGGCAAGCCACAGAGUCCUGCCUGUCCACCCCCCUAACAUGGCGCCGAAUGCCUCGCGGUCGGCAGCAGGCACCAUGCCUACCCUCGAUAGCGCUUACGGCUCCCUCGCUCCGCUGACACUGGCGAAGCCUCCGGCCUUGACGAACUUGAGCCGCGCUGCCGUUGUUGUCGCGGGUGAGCGUGGUUCCGCUGGCGACAGUCGGAAGCUCCCCACGUCGCUCGUUGCCAACUACUGGGGGAGCAACAUCUGGACCGCCAUCAAGGGCCCGAAGCAGCCAGGGCUCCCGCGACUCGACGACGACGACGCCAUCGGGGUGGUUGUAUCUGAGAGCUCACAAACAUCCCUGACCCGGGACGCGGAGAAGCAGACUGACAUGGCGCUGCCUGCAGAUUACCCCAUGGAACUAAGGGCCCAGAGUGCGCAGUUCCGGCUUCUGUUCCCAGACGCGCAUGCCGGCGAGAAACUGGUGCUGGUGUUCAGAGCGGCCUGGUCAAUCUCCAUGGAGCGCAAUUCAUCUUCGGAAGCACUGGCGGGCGAUGGCCGCAUCUACGUCACGCCAGACAACAUGUACUUUUACAGCCAGCAGAUGGGUAUGGUGUCGGCACAUAGUAUUCAUUUAGACAUCAUCACCGAGGUGACGAGUGCCGCCGGGAAAGACUGCGACUUCAUCUUCCUGCACCUUGGCCAAGGUACGAAUGCGACGGGCUACACGCGCAUCAGCAUCAAGAUCUUUCUCGACGAUCUUCAACUUCUUCACACCCGUCUCAACCUCUUGGUCGACAACCUCCAAGCAGAAGAACCCAUGGACACGAGGGACAUCAUCUCGGCUCUCGUCAACGUCGAGAGAUACGACGACGAAAGGCACAGCCCCAGCGCCGAGAGUUGGGAAGAGGUGUCUCCCAACACACCGGUGGACGACGGGACCCUGACUGGUAGACCCGUGUUCAAGCACCGCCACCAGCGCGAGCACGGAGUGCACGUGCGGCCUUUGAAGCCACAGCAAAGGGGUCCGCCAAAGCUCCAUCUCCCUGCCCAUCCAGUCGUGUACGAGCCGGAAGGCAUGGUGGAGAUGGCUGCCGACAGGCACUUUGAGAUUAGCGCAAAGGCCUGUUUCCACGUCCUCUUUGGAGACAAGAGCUUCGUCUUUCCCAAGCUUUACUUUGAGCAUAGGGCACAGCAAAUAGCUCAGGGUCCGUGGCUGCUAGUCGACGAGGGGAAAAUGCGCCGGGACUUUAACUUCAAGGUCGACUACAAGGAUCUGCUCGGGCGGUCCAAAUCGGCCAACGUCAGCGAUGACCAGUCAAUCGACGUCUACAGCGACCACGUUACGUACGUGGUGACGCACAACAAGACGGCGUGGCACUUGCCGCACUCGCGAAGCUUCAAGCUGGUGACGACGAUUGUCAUUACACACGUGGCCAAGUCCAAGUGCAAGCUCGCCGUCUACACCGGCAUCGAAUGGUCCAAGGCGCCGGCCUUUUGGAAGAACCUGGUGGAACGGCAGGCCCUGCGUGACGCGGCCAACGACGCAGAAGAGCUGGCCGAGAUGGCGACAGACCAGGUACGGAAGCUGGGGCCCCGGAGGCGUACCAACAGGGCCAUCCAGGUUUACGGCCACGUUGGCCAGCAGACGCAAGUGGUGCUGUUCUCGCCGGCUGCGACCGAGUCGAGCAGAAAGCAGGCCGUGAAGCCGCGUACCCUGACGGCCAUGGUGCUCGAGACGGCGAGGUCCUUUGCAGAAAGUGCCGUCUCGUCCGUCAUCAUGUGGAUAUUUGCCGGCUUGAAGAAGCUGUUUGAAGUAAUUUCAGCGCAGCGUGUGAUUCUGACGUUGCUCGGCUUCAGCGCCCUGACGAAUGUGAUGCUGACAUCGACCGAGUCGUCGGCUUGGUGGAAAGAGCGAAGGGCGGCAAGAUUUAUGCAGAGGAUGGGCGUGGGACCGAAUUUGAUGAUGAGCAAGGCAAUCUAUAUGGCAGACCUGGACGAGGCCACGGGCACCGUGGGCAGCGGGCUGUCUGCCCCCGUGAACAGCACAUGCUUCGGCGCCUAUAAAGAGCUGCUGAACGCGACAGACAUGGAUGCUCCGUGGGAGGAUGCCGGGUCGAAGCUGACAUGGCCGUCGAGUCGAGCGACGGCGCGGCGACUGCGGCGAACACGGCAGCGACUGGGGUCGUACCGACACGACCUGAUGGUGGCCAUGCGCGUCGUCAACAGCGUGGAACGAGAGAUGCUGCAAUCGGAAUGGGAGAACUGGCUCAUCAACGAGAAGUCGCUGUGCGACGAGCUGGACUCGCUGCUCCAGGGCGACCGAAGCCGAGGCGCCGACGGGACAAGCAGGGAGCCUUCCUCGAGCCAAAGGGUGCUGGGUUCACUGGGCCAAGGGGGCGUGGAGGCGCUCGGAGAGUGGCGGCAAAGCUACUGCGGGAGCUGCCGUAGCGACCUCGACGGCAUGCUCGAGGCGAGGAUGUCGAGCCGCUUGUGA